AUGUACGGGGUCACAGUGAACACAUUGAAUGUAUACAUAGUCGAUACAACAGGUACUGUUGGUGUACCUGCGUGGACAAAUACAAACAACCAAGAAAACCUUUGGCGACUUGGAAAAAUCUCAGUUGAAACAAUGAGUGCCUUCCAGAUAGUGUUUGAAGGAAUUGUAGGAAGGAGUGAUACAGGUGAUAUUGCUUUAGAUGACGUCACGAUCAUUGAUGGAGCAUGUUUGAAAAACGAAACUUGCGAUAUUAACUGCAUGAACGGUGGAGUUUGUGUCAUUUUGGAUUAUGGUAUCGAGAACUGUCAGUGUAUGACUGGUUUUUUUGGACCAACAUGCAAUAUAGAUCAAGCCCAAUGUGAUUUCGAAGAUCCAAACCUUUGUUACUUUGUACAAGAUGAAUCAGAUGACUUUGAUUGGAUAAGAACAUCUGGAUCAACACCCACAUCAGGUACUGGUCCUGAGUAUGACCACACUUACGGAACAUUACAAGGUUCCUACAUGUACAUCGAAACUUCAUAUCCGCGAUACAACAACGAAACCGCUCGUCUUUGGACAUCGCCAUAUCCUGCAACCAACGGUACAUGCGUCAAGUGGUUCUACCACAUGCACGGGGCCACAGUGAACACACUGAAUGUAUACAUAGUCAAUACAACAGGUACUGUUGGUGCACCUGCGUGGACAAAUAGAAACAACCAAGAAAACCUUUGGCGACUUGGAAAAAUCUCAGUUGAAACAAUGAGUGCCUUCCAGAUAGUGUUUGAAGGAAUUGUAGGAAGGAGUGAUACAGGUGAUAUUGCUUUAGAUGACUUUAGGAUCAUUGAUGGAGCAUGUUUGAGAAACGAAACUUGCGAUAUUGACUGCUUGAACGGCGGUGUCUGUGUAUCGUAUCACGGAAUUGAGGACUGUCAGUGUAUGUCUGGUUUUGUUGGACCAACAUGCAAUACGUCGCAAACACAAUGUGAUUUCGAAGAUCCAUACAUUUGUUACUUUGUACAAGAUGAAACGGAUGAUUUUGAUUGGAUAAGAACGUCUGGAUCAACACCCACAUCUGCUACUGGUCCUGAGUAUGACCACACUUACGGAACAUUACAAGGUUCCUACAUGUACAUCGAAACUUCAUAUCCGCGAUACAACAAUGAAACCGCUCGUCUUUGGACAUUGCCAUAUCCUGCAACAAACGGCACAUGCGUCAAGUGGUUCUACCACAUGUACGGGGCCACAGUGAACACAUUGAAUGUAUACAUAGUCGAUACAACAGGUACUGUUGGUGUACCUGCGUGGACAAAUACAAACAACCAAGAAAACCUUUGGCGACUUGGAAAAAUCUCAGUUGAAACAAUGAGUGCCUUCCAGAUAGUGUUUGAAGGAAUUGUAGGAAGGAGUGAUACAGGUGAUAUUGCUUUAGAUGACGUCACGAUCAUUGAUGGCGCAUGUUUGAAAAACGAAACUUGCGAUAUUGACUGCUUGAACGGCGGAGUCUGUGCCUCGGAUCACGGAAUUGAGGACUGUCAGUGUAUGUCUGGUUUUGUUGGACCAACAUGCAAUACGUCGCAAACCCAAUGUGAUUUCGAAGAUCCAUACAUUUGUUACUUUGUACAAGAUGAAACGGAUGAUUUUGAUUGGAUAAGAACGUCUGGAUCAACACCCACAUCUGGUACUGGUCCUGAGUAUGACCACACUUACGGAACAUUACAAGGUUCCUACAUGUACAUCGAAACUUCAUAUCCGCGAUACAACAAUGAAACCGCUCGUCUUUGGACAUUGCCAUAUCCUGCAACAAACGGCACAUGCGUUAAGUGGUUCUACCACAUGUACGGGGCCACAGUGAACACACUGAAUGUAUACAUAGUCGAUACAACAGGUACUGUUGGUGUACCUGCGUGGACAAAUACAAACAACCAAGAAAACCUUUGGCGACUUGGAAAAAUCUCAGUUGAAACAAUGAGUGCCUUCCAGAUAGUGUUUGAAGGAAUUGUAGGAAGGAGUGAUACAGGUGAUAUUGCUUUAGAUGACGUCAUGAUCAUUGAUGGAGCAUGUUUGAAAAACGAAACUUGCGAUAUUAACUGCAUAAACAGUGGAGUUUGUGUCAUUUUGGAUUAUGGUAUCGAGAACUGUCAGUGUAUGACUGGUUUUUUUGGACCAACGUGCAAUAUAGAUCAAGCCCAAUGUGAUUUCGAAGAUCCAAACCUUUGUUACUUUGUACAAGAUGAAUUGGAUGACUUUGAUUGGAUAAGAACAUCUGGAUCCACACCCUCAUUUCGUACUGGCCCUGAGUAUGACCACACAUAUGGAACAUUACAAGGUUUCUACAUAUACAUUGAAACUUCAAGUCCGAGAAACCUCAACGACAUCGCUCGCCUUUGGACAAUGUCAUAUCCUCCAACAAACGGCAGAUGCGUCCAGUGGUUCUACCACAUGUACGGGGCCACUGUGAACACAUUGAGUGUGUACAUAGUCAAUGCAGCAGAUACUCUUGGUACACCUGUGUGGUCAAUAAAAAACGAGCAAGGAAAUGUUUGGCGACGUGGACAAAUUUUUGUGGAAACAAGUAGUGCCUACCAGAUAGUGUUUGAAGGAAUUGCAGGAAGUAGUUAUACAGGAGAUAUUUCAUUAGAUGACUUCAGGAUCACCGAUGGAGCAUGUGUGCGAAAUGAAACGUGUGAUAUUAGCUGCUUGAACGGCGGAGUCUGUUUCAUCUCAGAUUAUGGAUUCGAAAACUGUCAAUGUACGCUUGGUUUUGUUGGACCAACAUGCAAUAUAAAUCAAGCCCAAUGUGAUUUCGAAGAUCCAAACCUUUGUUACUUUGUACAAGAUGAAUCAGAUGACUUUGAUUGGAUAAGGACAUCUGGAUCAACACCCUCAUCUCGUACUGGCCCUGACUUUGACCACACAUAUGGAACAUUACAAGGUUUCUACAUAUACAUUGAAACUUCAAGUCCGAGAAACCUCAACGACAUCGCUCGCCUUUGGACAUUGCCAUAUCCUGCAACAAACGGCACAUGCUUCAAGUGGUUCUACCACAUGUACGGGGCCACUGUGAACACAUUGAGUGUGUACAUAGUCAAUACAGCAGAUACUCUUGGUACACCUGUGUGGUCAAUAAAAAACGAGCAAGGAAAUGUUUGGCGACGUGGACAAAUUUUUGUGGAAACAAGUAGUGCCUACGAGAUAGUGUUUGAAGGAAUUGCAGGAAGAAGUUAUACAGGAGAUAUUGCUUUAGAUGACAUCAGGAUCACCGAUGGAGCAUGUGUGCGAACUGGAACUUGUGAUAUUAGCUGCUUGAACGGCGGAGUAUGUGUCAUCACGGAUUAUGGUAUUGAAAGCUGUCAAUGUACUCCUGGUUAUGUUGGACCAACAUGCAAUAUAAAGACAACCCAAUGUGAUUUCGAAGAUCCGUACAUUUGUUACUUCGUACAAGAUGAAUCCGAUGAUUUUGAUUGGAUACGAUCAUCUAGAUCAACACCUUCUUCUGGUACUGGUCCUGAGUAUGACCACACAUACGGAACAAUUCAAGGUUUCUACAUAUACAUAGAAGCUUCACCUCAAAACCUCAACGACACCGCUCGCAUUUGGACACCAUCAUAUCCUGCAACGAACGGUACAUGCGUGGAGUGGUUCUACCACAUGUACGGUGCCACAGUGAACACAUUGAACGUGUAUAUAGUCAAUACAGGGGGUACUGUUGGUACACCUGUGUGGACAAAAAGAAACAACCAAGGAAAUUUUUGGCGACUUGGACAAAUCUUAAUUGAAAGAAGCAGUACCUUUGAGAUAGUGUUUGAAGGAAUUGUAGGAAGUAAUUUUACAGGCGAUAUUGCUUUAGAUGACUUCAGGAUCACCAAUGGAACAUGUUUGAGAAACGCACAAACCCAAUGUGAUUUCGAAGAUCCAUACAUUUGUUAUUUUGUACAAGAUGAAACUGAUGAUUUUGAUUGGAUAAGAAAAUCUGGAUCAACACCCACUUUUGGUACUGGCCCUGAGAAUGACCACACUUACGGAACAUUACAAGGUUUCUACGUGUACAUUGAAACUUCAUAUCCACGAUACAACUACGAAACCGCUCGUCUUUGGACAUCGUCAUAUCCUGCAACAGACGGCACAUGCGUCAAGUGGUUCUACCACAUGUACGGAGCCACAGUGAACACAUUGAAUGUAUACAUAGUCAAUACAACAGGUACUGUUGGUGUACCUGCGUGGACAAAUAGAAACAACCAAGAAAACCUUUGGCGACUUGGAAAAAUCUCGGUUGAAACAAAGAGUGCCUUCCAGAUAGUGUUUGAAGGAAUUGUAGGAAGGAGUGAUACAGGUGAUAUUGCUUUAGAUGACGUCAGGAUCAUCGAUGGAGCAUGUUUGAGAAAUGAUACUUGCGAUAUUGACUGCAUGAACGGUGGAGUUUGUGUCAUUUUGGAUUACGGUAUCGAGAACUGUCAGUGUAUGACUGGUUUUAUUGGUCCAACAUGCAAUAUAGAUCAAGCCCAAUGUGAUUUCGAAGAUCCAUACCUUUGUUACUUUGUACAAGAUGAAUCGGAUGAUUUUGAUUGGAUAAGAACAUCUGGAUCAACACCCUCAUAUCGUACUGGCCCUGAGUAUGACCACACAUAUGGAACAUUACAAGGUUUCUACAUAUACAUUGAAACUUCAAGUCCGAGAAACCUCAACGACAUCGCUCGCCUUUGGACAAUGACAUAUCCUCCAACAAACGGCACAUGCGUCCAGUGGUUCUACCACAUGUACGGGGCCACUGUGAACACAUUGAGUGUGUACAUAGUCAAUACAGCAGAUACUCUUGGUACACCUGUGUGGUCAAUAAGAAACGAGCAAGGCAAUGUUUGGCGACGUGGACAAAUUUUUGUGGAAACAAGUAGUGCCUACCAGAUAGUGUUUGAAGGAAUUGCAGGAAGUAGUUAUACAGGAGAUAUUGCUUUAGAUGACGUCAAGAUCACCGAUGGAGCAUGUGUGCGAAAUGAAACGUGUGAUAUUAGCUGCUUAAACGGCGGAGUCUGUUUCAUCUCAGAUUAUGGAUUCGAAAACUGUCAAUGUACGCUUGGUUUUGUUGGACAAACAUGCAAUAUAACAACGCAAACCGAAUGUGAUUUCGAAGAUCCAUACAUUUGUUACUUUGUACAAGAUAAAACGGGUGAUUUUGAUUGGAUAAGAACGUCUGGAUCAACACCCACAUCUGGUACUGGUCCUGAGUAUGACCACACUUACGGAACAUUACAAGGUUCCUACAUGUACAUCGAAACUUCAUAUCCGCGAUACAACAACGAAACCGCCCGUCUUUGGACAUCACCAUAUCCUGCAACCAACGGCACAUGCGUCAAGUGGUUCUACCACAUGUACGGGGCCACAGUGAACACACUGAAUGUAUACAUAGUCAAUACAACAGGUACUGUUGGUGCACCUGCGUGGACAAAUAGAAACAACCAAGAAAACAUUUGGCGACUUGGAAAAAUCUCAGUUGAAACAAUGAGUGCCUUCCAGAUAGUGUUUGAAGGGAUUGUAGGAAGGAGUGAUACAGGUGAUAUUGCUUUAGAUGACUUUAGGAUCAUUGAUGGAGCAUGUUUGAGAAACGAAACUUGCGAUAUUGACUGCUUCAACGGCGGAGUCUGUGUUUCGGAUCACGGAAUUGAGGACUGUCAGUGUAUGUCUGGUUUUGUUGGACCAACAUGCAAUACGUCCCAGGCCAAAUGUGAUUUCGAAGAGCCAUACAUUUGUUACUUUGUACAAGAUGAAUCAGAUGAUUUUGAUUGGAUAAGAACAUCUGGACCAACACCAACAUCUGGUACUGGCCCUGGGUAUGACCACACCUACGGAACAUUACAAGGAAAUCUCUGGCGACAUGGACAAAUUUCAGUUGAAACAAACAGUGCCUACCAGAUAGUGUUUGAAGGAAUAGUAGGAAGUAGUUUUACAGGUGAUAUUGCUUUAGAUGACGUCAAGAUCACUGAUGGAGCAUGUUACGGCUGUAAUGGGACUAGAUGCCCAAAUGGCGUGUGUUUAAGUAAUACAAGCAUUUGUGAUGGAAUUAACAAUUGUGGUGACUGGUCAGAUGAGUUGGGUUGCUACAAUUCAUCUGUUACUGUAUGUGGAAUGCAACAAACUCAAGUAAGUAGUUCCCGCAUUGUCGGAGGGGAAGAUUCAUAUCCAGGAGAAUGGCCUUGGAUGCUUUCGUUUGAGAUCUAUGGCAGAUUUUACUGUGGUGCAUCUUUAAUCAACGAGAAGUGGGCCAUAACAGCUGCUCACUGCAUCGAUUCUUUGGGAGAAAUUAGUAUUACUGCAGGAAUAACAACUCAGGACGAUAAUUCUGUGUUUCGUGAACGUGUCCUUAUUGCUGAGACUGUUAUCCAUCCAGAGUAUGAUGACGUUAGUAAUGAUAAUGAUAUUGCAUUACUUAGACUCGAUUCACCGGUGCAAUUUAAUCAAUUUGUUCAGCCACUUUGCUAUGAAAGCUUAGAAUAUCGACCAGGUACAUUGUGUUAUGCAGCAGGAUGGGGACGCUUGUCGCAAUAUGGUACCAAUCCAAACACACUGCAAGAUACAAGUGUUCCGCUGCUGAGUAUCGAAGAAUGUCGCAGUCUAUAUCCUGAGUAUAGCGUAACUGACAAUAUGAUUUGUGCUGGUUAUGCUUCUGGCGGUCAAAGCGUGUGUUUCGGUGAUAGCGGUGGUCCUUUGAUGUGCAAAUCAGAUGAUGAUACCUGGAACCUUGUCGGUGUCACAAGCUGGGGAGUAGGAUGUGCUCGACCAAAUAGACCUGGAGUAUACGCGAAAGUGUCUAAAUAUGCUGAUUUCAUACAGCAGACAAUCG